AUGAGUUAUACUGAAGUUUUCGAGUGGUAAAUAUAUUAGGGAGGGUUGCCAGAGAUGUUAAGAGGGGUGGCACUGACACCAGCCAGCUGCCUCACUGCCACACACGUCAUCUUCCUGCUAACAUGGCACCAGUCUUUGGCUAUUGGAAACUACGUGGGUUGGGACAGUCCAUCAGGCUGUUGCUGGAGUACCUCGGCACGGAGUACGAAGAAAAGUUCUAUAACUUCGGUCCAGCUCCAGACUUUGACAGAUCUGAGUGGCUCAACGAGAAGUUCAAACUGGGACUUGAUUUACCCAAUCUUCCAUACUACAUUGAUGGUGACAUCAAAAUCACUCAGAGUCAUGCCAUCCUGCGCCACUUGGGUCGUCAGAACAACAUGUGUGGCAAGACUGAGAAAGACAAGAUAAAGGUGGACAUGCUCGAGCACCAAGCCAUGGACAUACGUAUGGGAUAUAUCCGACUCAUCUACAUUACCUACCCCACAGAAAAAGACCAGUACCUUAAGGACUUUAAGACAACGAUGAAGGCGCUCUCUGACCUCCUGGGCAGUCAACCAUGGUUCGUAGGUGACCAAAUCACCUUCCCUGACUUUCUGAUCUACGAACUUUUGUCUGUCCACCUGGAGUUGGAUCCCACCUGCCUUGAUAAAACCAACAACCUUAAAGAGUAUGUGAAACGCUUCGAGCAGCUUCCGAAGAUCAAGAAGUACUUGGAAUCUUCAAGGUUCAUCAAGGCACCGCUAAAUGGGCCUAUGGCACACCAUGGGAAUAUUUAAAUCUUGCUCUGCUAAGCAUUAUAGCAACGCCUGAAGUUAACAGUGUAUUGUACUUUGAGUUUGCAGAAAGUUACCACUGGCUUACUCUAGUAACGAAAGAUAAUGGAACUGCACCAUUAAUAAUGUUUUAAGUUAAUAAAUAAAUCAUAAGGAUUUUUAUGUCCUGCGCCAUAAGUUUUGUUGCACACUUCAGAGCUAAAGAAAAAUUACAAAAAAAUGAUAUGUCUUGAGGUGUCCAGUAGCUAGAUUGCUAGAGCACUCAGCUCACACAUUAAGGUCAGGUACAGGUGGAAACAAUAGGACGUGAUUCCUUAGGACACCUGACGUCCCUCUUCACCUAGCAGUGAGCUAGGUACCUGGGUGUUAGUAGACAGGUGUGGGUCGCAUUAUGCUCUGCAAAACUAGGGGGCUUUAUAGUAUUAAGUCACUGAUAUCAGCUAGGCCUGUAUACCUUGUACAUGUACUUUUAAAAAUGGAUUAGGAAAUGCUAACAGCUGAAUAUAAUUGCAGUUCAUGGAUCAGCUGUACCAUAAGUUCGAAUUAAUAAAUUUGAUUAAAAAUAA